AAAUUAGGUCUUUGUUCCAUUACUACAGUUCUCAAACUCAAACCAUGGCCAGUACUCUCCACAACGAUUUCUUCUCUUCAUUGAUUUCUGAAAUCAAGAACUACACAGGCAAAGACCCUCUUCUUCCAUGGCUCAGAGGGAUUCGGAAGAUGAGAGAGUGUCUGCCUCCUCAGAUUCUCAAAGAAAAGCUCCCUCGGUUCCUUCAGAAAUGUGCUCGCACUUUCGAGACUGAUUGCCGUUACACCAAUGACUUGCGAUACCUUCGCGUUUGGUUACAACUGAUGGAUUUCGUGGAGGACCCAAGAGCAGUACUGAGGACGAUGGAAGCAAAUCGCAUUGGAAUAAAGAGGUCAUUGUUUUACCAGGCCUAUGCUCUUUACUAUGAGAAGGUGAAGAAGUUUGAGGAUGCUGAGAAGAUGUACCAUUUAGGGGUGAAGAACCUUGCAGAGCCCAUUGGCGAGUUGCAAAAAUCUUACGAGAAGUUCCUUCACCGCAUGGAGCGACACAUGAACAAGAAAAUCCAGCGUCAAGAAGGAAGAACUGUCAGGAGGCCUCCACGUGCCGGAAGCCUUCCUCACAGGUGUGACGAGAGUAACAGAAACAAAGAGAAUUUAUGUGUUGAAUGUAGGCCUACAGGAACUUGUCCUGAAAACUCUUUACCUGAAACACAAUGUAACUUUAUAAACAUUGAGAACAAGAAGGGUUUGGAGGAAAGUCCUCAGGAUGGGAUGCCAAUGAAUGAUCGUAACGAUAGCAGAGUUUCAGUAAAUUCGUUUAACGUUGAAGAAUCCAGCAGUCCAUCUGUUAAGAAGGUUGUCAUGGGAGAUGUUGGACACAGGAACUAUUUCAAUUUGCAAGAUGAUACUGAAACGGAAACAGUGGAACCUAGGAAGUUUUGCAGUGAUGAUACAGUAGUUGUGAAGUUUGUAGAUACUGCUAUUGUUGGAAAGUCUGAAGCAGAAGACGCAUGCCAUCAUGGUCUGGUGGAACCUACAAUAAACACUAAAGAAGCCUUGAAUGCCAUUAAUAGCAUGUUUCGAGAGCCCUUAGAGCCACCUCUUGAUAGUAGGAGAUCACGCAGGAGCAGGCCUAAAGCUGAUCAGAGCUUAAGCAAUGGAUUUGAGGUGUUCAUUGAUGACAACAUGGAUAAUAGGAUUGGAUCAUUAAACCAAAAUGCGGAGAAGGGUAAUUCAAUGCUGCAACACAACAUGCUCGGAAGUUGGCAGCCUAUUCAUGAACCGUUUCAAAUAUAUGUUGAUGAGGAGGAGAGCAAUGAGGUGAAAGAGAGAUUUAGUGAGAAAGAUAACUUUGAGCAAAGUAUGGUUCAACAAAUGUCAGAAAAUGAAAUUGCUUUUGUAUUUCCAAGUCCGAAUGAUAUUUCUACAGAAGGUUCUGAAGAUCUGGAUGCAGAGAGGUCACCACGGGCAAGAGUUAGAGAAGAUACAGUUGUUUGUAGGUUUGUAGGAUCCACUAUUUCGGAUGAGCCAGAGGUGGAAAAUGUUUGCCACCAUGGCCUGGUAGAACCUACAAUUAACUUGAAGGAGGCUAUGGAUGAUAUAAAUAGCAUGUUUGGGAAGCCAAUAGAUUUUGUAAGGAUCAAGAGAUCGAAGAGGCAGGACAAAGCAGCAGACACGAAGAAUAAUUUUGGUGGGUUUGUAAUACUGCCUGAUGAUGACUUGGAAUAUCAACAAAGGCAGUCUCGGCCUAGCUCAUCUACCAAAAGUGAACGUGACUUGUUUGAGCCAACCGUGUGUACAAAGGAAGCCAUGGAUGAGAUAAACAAGAUGUUUGGAAUGCCACUUGAUUUCUAGGUACAUGGCAUGUGCUCUUUGUGUUUGAUUUCUAGGUACAUGGCAUGUGCUCUGUGUGUUUCGAUUCUGUUGUAAUUGAUAUUCGAUUGAUCAAGCUGUGAUUUUGAUCUGUUUCACAUUUCACAUAUUUGUAUUGCAGAAAGUUUUAAAUAUGUGGAUCUUUGUUUGCCUA